CUCUUCACUUCUCAAUGCCUAUCUGGAACGUCAGUUAGUUCUGAGGAUAUUUGAUCCUUUGGUGGUUUACUGGACAACUUUCCUGGCUCGUCCCAAGCGAUGGUGGAAAUGUUUGCGCCCCACGCUCCUCCAGGGCCAUCCCGGAAUGCUGCCCCCUAUACUUGGCACCCCUGAAACUUUUACUCACCUUGGAUGGUGGUCAUGACUGGAGAUGUCAGAGGAGGGUAACGUGAGCUGUCCGGAUUGCUGGUCUCACGGCCCGAAUCAGACGAGCCUGGCAGUGUUACGCACUUCGGCGGGGGUCACCACGGCGCUGGCCAGCGUGCUGAUCUUUACCAUCAUAGUGGACAUCCUCGGAAACGCCUUGGUCAUCUUAUCGGUGUGCAGGAAUAAGAAAUUAAGAAACGCUGGUAACAUCUUUGUAGUCAGCCUGUCUGUAGCUGACUUGGUCGUUGCAGUUUAUCCUUACCCCUUGGUGCUUAUGGCCAUUUUCCACAGUGGAUGGACUAUGGGAGAUGUGCACUGUCAAGUCAGUGGCUUUAUUAUGGGACUCAGUGUUAUUGGCUCCAUCUUUAACAUCACAGCCAUCGCCAUCAAUCGAUACUGUUACAUUUGCCACAGCCUCAAGUAUGAUCGCCUGUACAGCCUGAAGAACACCUGCUUCUAUCUCUUGCUGACAUGGGUCCUUACAGUUAUCGCCAUUGUGCCAAACUUCUUUGUUGGGUCACUGCAAUAUGACCCCCGUGUGUUUUCCUGCACGUUUGCUCAGACUGUCAGCACUUAUUAUACGAUUACGGUAGUGGUUGUCCAUUUCAUUGUGCCACUGCUUAUAGUGUCCUUCUGCUAUCUGAAAAUUUGGGUCUUGGUGAUCCAGGUCAAGCACAGGGUUAAGCCGGACAGCAAACAAAAACUGAAGCCCAGUGACUUGAGGAACUUCCUGACGAUGUUUGUGGUCUUUGUCUUGUUUGCUGUCUGUUGGGCACCCCUCAACUUUAUCGGCCUGGCUGUUGCAAUCAAUCCUUUAAUUAUUGCACCAAAAAUCCCGGAGUGGCUUUUCAUUACAAGUUACUUCAUGGCUUACUUUAAUAGUUGCCUCAAUGCAGUUAUUUAUGGGCUGCUAAACCAAAACUUCCGUAAGGAGUACAAGAGGAUCCUGUUGGAACUCUGCACACCUAGGAUGCUGUUUGUGGAUACUUCUAAGUGUGGGACAGAGGGAAUCAAGAGCAAACCAUCACCCGCAAUAACGAACAACAAUCAGGCAGAGGUGGACUUAUAGAACAUUUGAGUUUUUUUACUUUUGUUUUCUAUCAUAACUGUCUUAAAGAGAAAUGGUUCUUUAUAAGCCACAGUGUAUUAUACCUGCUCUGCUAAUAAUGACUCUUUUAUUAUAGCUAAUUUUGUUAUAAUUAUUGUGUGUAUCCUGUGCCUAUAUUGUUUAAUGCAAGAAAUCUUUUCCUUCCAGAUUUCGGUUGACUGUGAAAUGAAGAAUGAAUUCACAAAAACAAAUGGCAAACACAAAAAACAGCGAAUUCAAUCAUUUAAAAGAUUAUUUUGCAGGUUAACUCCUUAGCAGCCACUUUUCUUAAGCAAAAGCUACACAGUGUACAAGAUAAUAAUUAUCUUCUUUUUUGGUUAAUUUGCUUUCCUGCAUCCUAAUUACAUUUAAUGAGGUCUCUAACUCUGGAAAACUUUAUAAAGUGGUGCUCUGAUGAGCUCUGUAUUUUAUUUUGCUAAACUGUCUCCAUUUUGCACAGUCCUCAGAGACUCCAGCUGCUGCCUGCCUUCUCAGCCCUAAGAUCCUGACUUCAAUUCUGGGCUGUUUCACUUUUUAGAGUUCUCCUUGUGUGUGCUAAUAGGUUUUAUCAGGAGGCUCUGUGUCUCAGGAUGUGUUAGCUUGACAACUGAAAAUGUGGUAUUGUGGGAUCCAAUCAGUAAUUUUCAAAAAUACUUAUUGGGAUGAAAUAUUUUAGGUAUAUAGAAGGAAAUAUCAGAGAUUACAGUCCACGCAGAGCUUCUUGAAAAAGUAUUCACCUCCUAUGAUUUUUCAUAUUUAGCUUUUUUACAAUUUUGAUUUUGAAAUAUACUGAACUAGCAUUUUUCCACCUAGUGAUCUGCAAGACUUUGCACACCAUAACAUAUCACAUGAAUAAUGUAUUUAAACUUUACACAGUUUUUACAAAAUGUAAAACUGAAAUCAUCAGGGACUAAAUGGGGGUGUAGUGGACAUUAAAGGUUUAAAUCCUGAACCUGUGUGGAGUUUGCACAUUGUUCCUGUGUUGCGGGUGCUUUCCUUCACAUGUUUCUUAUUUCCUUAUACAUUACCCCAAAACAUGCAAGUUACAUUAAUUGGUGCUUCCAAAUUGGCCCAUGUAGGGAUGUGCAUGAGUGGGAUUUUCAAUGGACUUUCCAGGACAGUUUCCUGUCUUGCACCCAGUGCUUCUGAGACAGGCUCUGCCCUUCUUUUGGCACUGAUUUGGUCUAAGCAAGUCUGAGGAUGAGAUUAAAUUACACUCUGUAACAAAAUGUAACUUUCUUUUGUCACAUGAAUCAAUGUAGGUGAAUCUUAUAAUAUUUCUCAUGCUGAAUUCAAAUAUCUAAUUAGGCUUUCUCUAUCAUGCAAGAAUUUUAAGAGACACAUCUCUCUAUUAUAAAAAAAAAAUCUUGCGACGAUACGAGACUUUUUCCUGCGAUGAGACGUGAUCUUUUUAAGAGAGACAGAGAGACACUUACACUUCCCACGAGACGGACAAGUCACGUCAUACUUACAACUUUUGGAAGCAAGUCCCGUGAUACACAUGCAGAGCAGGUUAGAGAUAAUGGAAGUAGGAGCAUUCGAAAGUCUCAAAAAAUGAAAGUAAAGAUUGCAUUAGCACAAACAAACUGAAAAUAUUACUUGGUGAAAUAACGGAACAGCAAAAAGAUAUUGAAUAUUCAGGUGCUGCACAAGCUUUUAAACCAGGGGUAGGCAAUGUCAGUCCUGGUGAGCUGCAGUAUGUGCAGGUUUUUGUUCCAACCCAGUUCCUUAACGAGAACUCAAUUAUUGCUGAUGAAGCACAUAUUGCUUAAGUGACAUUUUGAUGCUUCAUUUUAGUGGUCUCGCUUGUUAAGGUUCUCCAACCUUAAUUGCUUAUUUCAAUUUUAAACUGCUGCAUUCAGUGUUUUAAUUGCUCCUUAUUAGCAAUAAGAUGUAAAAGACAAAGCAGCCAGCAGUUCUCCAGCUAGCUUUUUUCCAAUUACAUCUGUGUGUGUUCAUCAUGCACUGUUUGAUUUAAUAAAACACUUAAUAGAAAAAUGUGACAGACUGAAAAUGAUCUGUUUUAGGCUUCAAAUCAUUUGGAUGAUAUCCUUGGAAAGGAAAAAAAUCUACGAUAUAAGAGCCUUACAUUGCACAGACUAACAAGCCAUAAAAUUAAAUAAGGUCUGAGACUGGCAAUGAUUGGUUUCUAAUUAAGCAAUUGGGUUGGAAUGAAAACCUGUAGCCACUGCGGCUCACCAGGACCGACAUUGCCUACCCCUGUUUUAAACGUUCAAAGUGCCGCAUGAAAUGCAGAUCACGCGGCAAGGCAGCAGCAGCAAGCCAGCAGCUGAUCGAGCAAAGAGGAGGUAAAAAAAACUGUAUUUGUUUCCCAUUGUAACACCAUGUAAGAGGGGUUUUGGAGGAGCGGCUGUGUCUCCUUGGGGUGCGUUCAGCCCCCCUCUUCAUAA